CGAGUUCAGGAGUUGAGGAACUUUGCAUACAUGGUGCAAGACGUAAGCAGUUCGCUUCUACUAACGAAACGCUCACUUUUCGAUUUGCUUGGAUAAACUACAAGACCUUAGUGUUUGAAUUGCUUUAACUUUUUUUUUGAAAUGGCUCUCGCAGAUGCGAUGCUGCCGUCGAUAAACACUUUUUCAAACAAUCAGACUUUGGAGGAGAAACAGUCUGAAAUUGUACAUCUCUGGAAGGUUGACGAGAACAAAACCGGUACAACUCGCGAUGACCUGAAACCCCUCAUUGAAGUGGAGUUCAGCAUUGUGGAGUCACCUUCUUCGAACAAGGAGGAGGAUGACCUUGCCAAGUUCUUGGAUUUAGAGUUCAUCUUGUCUAACACAAUUGCAUCUGAAAACGCAAACGGCUCUUCGCAGCCGUCAACGUACCAGCUGCCAGAGUCACCGGAGAGUUGCAGCAGCACAGUGUAUGACAGCGACGGCUCCCACCCCGCUCCCGCGUACAGUAACGGCAACUUUACAGCAAGCCCCGGUCACAGUUUGGUAGCAGAGCUGCUGACCCCAGAAAUGAACUACCAGGGUGACUUGCAGCAGGACUACAGCUUUAAAACGACAAUGGACAGACGGGAGUACACCGAGUUGCGGGCUCUGAACAUGGGUAACCUCAUCCAUGUGCCCGUGGACAGUGCUCAGCACAUGGGACAUAAAAUUAAGACGGAGAACUUAGAACAGUCGUGCAUGAUGGCCAAUGAUUUCAUGGAACAGAUGUACGAACAGAAACCCCCGCGCGCUAUGCAUCACGCGCACCUGCACCACCAGCCUGCGCUUCAGGGGUUCGCGCACCUCAGCGUGCAGCAGAAUUCGCCCCAAGAGGGAAUGGUGCGCAAAGACUGUCAUUUGACCCCGAUGCACCCGCACCAUCACCCUCACGUAACACAUCAGCGACAGUACAUGGGAAAUCCGCCUUACCCGCCCCAGUACCCCCACCACCAAGGUCCCCAGAGUACCCAGCAGUAUCAUGGACAGUACGGGAUGUUCAGGGAACCUAUGCGAGUUCCGCACCCGAGCAUGCCUGGCAUGAUGCUGACCCCGCCGUCUUCGCCGCUUCUGGAGUUCUUCGCGCCCGAUGACUGCAAGCCAAAGCGAGGGCGUCGAUCCUGGGCGAGAAAACGCACCGCGACGCACAGCUGCGAGUUCCCGGGCUGUGGGAAGACGUACACCAAGAGUUCGCACCUGAAGGCUCAUAUGCGAACACAUACAGGCGAGAAACCAUACCACUGUAACUGGGAGGGUUGUGGCUGGAAGUUCGCCAGGUCCGACGAGCUGACUCGUCAUUACAGAAAACACACUGGUCAUAGGCCGUUCCAGUGUCACCUCUGCGAGAGGGCCUUCUCCCGAUCUGACCAUUUGGCACUGCACAUGAAGAGACAUAUGUAAAAUGAACGUCAUCCAGUGUUGAACCGUUGUUUAGCACUCCAUUUUCAAAGGAUUUAUGUAUUUAUAUUGUAACUUACUUUUUGGGUAUGGGCACGGCGUGUAUAUAUUUGGAUAUAUCUAUUUGUCGCUAAAUUAAGACAGUAUUUAAGAAGACAGGCACAUCAUCCUUUAAAAUUAGACAUAUACUAGACAUAAAUUAUUGAAGAUAAAACCCACACUUGACACCAGGAGAGGCUAAUUUGGCAUUAGAAUUUUGAACAGGGCAGGACCCCUAAGAUUUUUGUACAUAUUUCUAACUACUAUUUUCCUGUGUUAUAUUUUUUUAAUUCCACAAUUUUGGCCAUUUUGCCUCAAAUUAGGGAAAAGAAUGAAUUUUUUUACUUCAUUAACGUGGAGCUUUUCUAUUGGAGACUAGAGUUGUGUUGUGUUCAUACACUUAUAAAUAAAGUUUUUAAGGAAAGAUGUUUGCUUCUCUCUGAAAUACAUUUCAACUACCAGCUGGCUCUUUAUAUUAGAGGUGUGCAAAGGGUUGCAAAAUCAGGUACUGACAGACUGCCUUUCAAUGAAGUUGUAUACUUUGUAAAGUAUGUAUUGUAGAGAAACUGUAUUCUAAAUAUACUUGAAAAUCUUCUUGUUCAUAUUACUCCAGACAACUGGUCUCAUAGUUCUCAAAGAAGUACUUUUCAAUGUUUGGACUACUGCAAAGCUAGGUGCCUCACUUCAAAAGUGCAACGUGUGCACACAUUUUCAACACAUUGUCAAAUCCGAGGUCUUUUUUUUUUUUUUUUGUAAAUCUGACUGGAGAGAAUAAUUGUACAUUACCUGUUAAAGUGUUUUAUUGAAAAUAAAACCGAAUAAAAGUCA